AUGUUCCCCAAAAAACCCUACGGCAGCGGCUACGGGCCACCACCCACGGCCACUUACGGGCCACCAACGACGACUUAUGGGCCACCAACAACGGGCGACUACGGCUACGACUUCAGCGCCCGCUCGCCGCCUCCUCCGGGCUCCUACUACAUGGAGGAGUCGCCGCAGCUUUUCUACAAGUGGUCGUCGCCGCCGGGGCUGGUGAAGGUGCUGGAGGUGCUGGUCCUCGUGCUGUGCGUGGCCAUCUUCGCCUGCGUGGCCUCCACGCUGGCCUGGGAGUACGGCUACGGCUUUGGCUACGGCAGCGGCGUUUUUGGCAACGGCCUGGGAGGUUAUUACGGCUCGGGUUAUUACGGCGGCGGCGUUAAUUACGGAUAUGGCUACGGUGGCUACUACGGAGGGGCCACCAACCCGCGCACGGCCAACGGUUUCAUGAUCGCCAUGGCCGUGCUGUGUUUCCUAGCCCAGUUGGGUUUGUUGGUGGCCAGUUUGAGCAAAGCCAGCGGGUCGCGCUCGCGGAGGUUUUACCUGGUGGUGUUGGUGGCCAGCGCGGUGCUGGCUUUGGUGAUGUUGGUGGCCAGCAUCGUGUACGUGGUGGGAGUCAAUCCCCAGGCGCAGAUGAGCGGUGGUGGCUACUACUACAGCCCGCUGCUAGCCAUGUGCAGCCAGGUGUACGCCGGGGGCACCGUGCUCAACCAGUACCUGUAUCACUACUGCACCGUGGACCCGCAGGAGGCUGUUGCCAUCGCCUGUGGGUUCCUGAUCGUUCUCCUGCUCUGCCUCAUCUGCGUCUUCGCCCACCAAACCCGGAGCAAAAUCUGGAAAUACGGAAAACCCAACAUUUAUUGGGAUAAAAUCCCGAGCAGCCCCGAGGGGCCCGACGUGGAGGAGUGGGUGAGUCCCGGGAAUUUGGGAAUUUUGGGGAAUUUUGGGAUUUUUGGGAUCUGUAGGAUCCAUCCUGCCCUUUUCAAUGGGAGUGGAGGAGUGGGUGAGUCCUGGGAGUUUUGGGGAAUUUUGGGGUUUUUGGGAUCUGUAGGAUCCAUCCUGCCCCUUUUCAAUGGGAGUGGAGGAGUGGGUGAGUCCCAGGAUUUUGGGAAUUUUGGAGUUUUUUGGGAUUUUUGGGAAUGGGAUCUUUCCCAGCCCUUUUCAUGGAUUGACCCCCCCAGCCCCUCGGAGCCCCAGGACCGGGACCCCAAGCCCCCCGCCCGCCGUGGUCGCCGCGGUCGCCGCCCGGCCGAGCCCGAGGAGUCUCGGCAGUCCCAGUGCUCCCAGUGCUCCCAGUACGACACCGAGCCCACCACGGCCCCCGAGUCCGGAGACGAGCACGACGGGGACAGCCAGGAGUGGCACAGGCUGUACCCCCCGGUGAGCUCGCCCUCCUCCCGCCGUCGCUACAAGGAGGAUUUUGCGCUGGGGCUGCGGCGCUACAAGGAGCUCUGUGCACAGCUGGACGCGCUGGGCCAGCAGCUGGCACAGCUGGAGCAGCAGCUGGAGCAGCUGCCCGAGGACAGCGCCCAGUACCAGGCCCUGGCCGAGGAGUACAAUCGCCUCAAGGACCUGAAGUGGUUUGUUAUUCCCGGCACCAUUCCCGGCGCCAUUACAUCCAACUCCCAGUAA